AUGGCUCCUCCAACGACGCUCAAGCUGACGAAUCGCUCUCCCAAGCAGCCCAUCAAGAAGCUCCCGGCGGCCAUCCACCUCCCCGCCGACGCCACCGUCGAAGAUGUCAAGAAGCUGAUUGCGAAAGAGGCCGGGUUCAGCGACUACAACCGCAUUGGCCUGUUUUACCCGUCGACCAGGAAGACGCUCAAGGACCGCAAGGCUCUGAUUGCAGAGGACAAAGAGGUUGCCGACGCGGGCGAGGUGCUGGUCAAGGAUCUCGGCCUUCAAAUUGCCUGGAGAACCGUCUUCGUCGUCGAGUACCUCGGCCCGAUCCUCAUCCACAUCGCCGCCGUCGCCGCCCGCCCGUACCUGCUCAAGGACCCGUCCAUGUCGCCCUCGCAAUGGCUCAGCUUCGGCAUGAUCGUGGCGCACUUCUUCAAGCGCGAGCUGGAGACGCUCUUCGUGCACAAGUUCUCGGCCAACACGAUGCCUGCGCGCAACAUCUUCAAGAACAGCGCGCACUACUGGCUCCUCUCGGGCGCCCUCUGCGCCUGGUCCAUCUACUACAGCCCCUGGUCGCUGGCCGCGCGCGCCGACCAGCCGCUGGUGGACGCCGUCGGCACCGUGCUGUACCUGUUUGGCGAGAUCAGCAACGCGCUCGUGCACCUGUACCUGUCCAGCCUGCGGUCGGCGGGCGGCACCGAGCGCAAGAUCCCGCAGGGCUACGGCUUCUCGCUCGUCACCUGCCCCAACUACAUGUACGAGGUGCUGGCGUGGGUGGGCAUCAUCCUGGCCAGCCGCGACUGGUCCGUUGCGCUCUUUAUCCUCAUUGGCGGCGUGCAGAUGUUCGUCUGGGCCAAGGGCAAGGAGAGGGCGUACCGCAAGGAGUUUGGUGACAAGUACAAGAAGAAGCGCUAUGUCAUGCUUCCGGGAUUGGCGUAA